CGCGAGGGUAGAAUUAUUAGCGAAAUAAGGGUUGUUUAGAGUUUUUAAAAAGAGUAUGUUUACUCUUUGCAGUUCUCGGAGUGUUUAUUUUCUUUGUAAAUUGCUCUUUGUUGACGGGAUCGAUGGUCGAAGAUGCAUGUGUUUUUGCUCGGGAUUGGCUGAGUGGGUGUCCGUGUCGUUGUGAAUAAUGUCAUUGCUGACUAACCGGAGGACCUCCUGCUUACCCUUGUGACCGUCAGCAUUCUGAGCAGGUUGUCAGGAUGAGGGGACACAUGUGGAUUUUCAUCACCACAGUGUUAUUGGACACAGUGGUGGUGAGGGCAAACAUCCACGAUGUCCUGGUGAACGAGGUUGCCUGUCGGGGAGGUCCAGCCCACUUCAACAGAACCACAGGCACCAUCACAUCACCCUUGCCUCCCCGAGCUCCACCUGCUCGUGUCAACUGCUCUUGGAUUCUUCAUAACCCUUAUCAAGAUUAUAUUAUAUUAAGUUUUAGCAUGUUUGACUUGGACCAAGACAACCAAUGUGGUAAAAAGUCACAAGACUGCUGUCCUCACCAAUGGAUAAUGCUGAAGACAGAGAAGCAUGGUAUAAAGAAGAGGAGAGACAUUUUCAGCAAAGUCAUAAAUGGCAGGAGGAAGAACAGAGAGUCGGUGGAGGACAGUUUCAAGAGAAGUAUACAGAGUCACAAAUUACUUAAGGGCCACAUCUUUAAAGACAUGGAUAGGAUGAGCAGAAGGCGGCUUAUCAACCGACAGCUGAGUCUCAGAAAUAAGAAACGAGUGAAUGACACAGCUGCGAGUAACCAGACCUCGCCUCAUCGCCUUAACCAAUCACGCACUUCAUUCAAAACUUCUGAGAUACUCACAACAGGUCACGUGUGUGGGAACUCAACUCCAUGGCCUAUUAUAACCAGAUCCCCAAAGGUAGUUGUAAAGUUCUCCUCGGAUUUGAAAGUGCGACGGGGCCACCUGGGAUUCAAACUUCAGUUUUUCAUAAGUAAUAACACGGUCUGCCAAAAAGACGAGUUCCAGUGCUUAGACCCGAAAAUCUGCAUACCCAAUGCUUGGAAGUGUAACGGUCAGGCUGAGUGCCCAGAUUCGUCAGAUGAGGACGAUUGCAAAGUUGGUUGUCCUGGGUUGCGGGACGAUCAACACUGUGACGGGCGAUGGCACUGUGCCAAUGGGGAAGACGAGCUUGGUUGCUUUGGAUGCGAUGCAGACGAGUGGUGGUGUGGGGAGGGGACAGACUGCUACAAGGCGUCGAGGCGGUGUAACGGCAUAGCUGAUUGUCGCAACAAAGCCGAUGAAAUAUAUUGCAGCUGCCUCUUCAAUCAGACACAAUGUUCACCAAAUUCUGAAUUUUGUUAUGACCCGAAAACUCAGCGUUGUGAUGGAGUCUUGCACUGCCCAGGGGGAGAGGAUGAAAUAGGCUGUGGACAGUGUAUGCAAAACAUAAGCUGUGGUGGAGAGGGAGGCUGUUACACUCCCGCACAGAGGUGUGAUGGUGCGUCACAGUGUGGGGAUAGCUCAGACGAAGCUUCUUGCACGCCGCAGCUGUGCCAUCCACAGCAUGGUGCCUUUUUGUGCACAAACCGGCACUGCAUUCGUGAGGCCUGGAGGUGUGACCAGUUCGAUGACUGUGGGGAUGCCAGUGAUGAAGAAGAUUGCCACAGAAAUUCGGUGAUUGUGGCUGCUGCAAUGGGAGGCUUGGUAUGUUCUCUGCUCUUAGUAAUUGCUGUGGGCUGCACGUGUAGGCUGUAUGCUCUGCGCGUAGGCCUGGGUCGCCAACACAGUUACCAGGGUGGUCGGCGCUCCACACAGCUUGCCCCUCUGUCUCGCCUUGAGCAGCAUCUGCUUCAGAGGGAGCCACCGCCAUCCUACUCUGUGGCCAUCAAUGAUCCAUCUACAUCGUUGUGGACACUGAGCAGACAGUGGAGGAGGCACCGGCGCUGUGCCCCCGCCCCCCCGGAUGGCCUGGUGCCUGGCAUGCCUGUGGCAGUGAGAGGCAGACUGGCACCCAAUCCCCCCUGCCAUCGAGAUGCAGGCCCAGGCCAAUUGCCAGCCCCAAGCCAACUCUCAGGAACAGUCGGGCGGAGAAACAGCAGGAGUAGUGAUGAAAAGGAGAGUGAAGAAGAGGGCAAAGUUAACACAGGCCUCUCCGUGCCCGUCGAAAGACAGGUAACAUUGAGUGAUAGAAACGAAGAAGACGUGCCACUCCUUUCAGCUAUAGGGGACACAGAUGAUGAAGAUAUAACAGAACGGGAGGAUGUAAGAUUGUUAGAUGUAUCAGCAGAAUCCGAAGAAUCAGAUGGUGAAGCCAUGGAAAGUGAAGAAAGCGAUAACUGUUCAACUGACACCUCAGUUGUAGAAGCAGAGGUGAUGUCUGAAGAAGAGAGUGAGUCCGAAGCAGAGACUGGACCUGCAGAAUCGGCACAGCAAGAGGAUGCAGGUGCAGACAAAAAUUCCAAGGAGGAGGAGGAGGAGGAGGAUGACAAACUUCUUGAGAUGGAGAAUGAUACUCAGCCAUUGUCAGGUAGUGACAAUGAAGAUGAGGAUGAUGGGGAUGUCAUGAUGGACACGAGGGCAGCUGUGUUGGCACUAAGCUUGGUCCAGCAGCAUACCAACGGAAUCAGUCAAGUUGACACAGAGCUCAUCUCGCAGUGAUAGGUUGUGUGGUAAAUAGAGGUUUGAUAUUGUUAGUGUUUCUUAUCAUGACUAGCAUUCACAAAGGAAAUGGAAGAUUGAGAUAGAUUUUUUUUUUAUUACACUAUUUUUUUCCACUUGCAGUUGUAGUGGAGGAGAAGAAAAGCCUUGAUUAAUACCAUGUUUGGUGUAACUUCAUCUUGGAGAUGAAAGCACUUUUAUCAGAUUCAGAUUGAAAAACAGACCAAACCAAAACAACUGUAACAGAAUCAAAGACCUUUACAGGUAAAUGGUAAUGGAAUACAGUCAGAUAUAUCAUUGUCACAAAUAUGCAAACUACCAUGUAUUAUGCAGAUUGUGUUUCUCAGUGGAGUAUAAUUCUUCAUUUUCUUACUCCCAGUGUGGUACAACAGUUCCCCAGUUUGAUGCAUCAGUGCAUUCAAGUCUUGGUAUUGUCCUAACCGCUUUAGAUCCUUAGUCUUUGUAAAGAUCUGAAUCAAGGUAUUUGAUAGUAUUUUGUGUAUUUGCCUUGUAAUUUGGUAUUCACGUAGGUGGUUUUAGGUUUUUUGGCAUUGGCUGGUCCUAUGUGAUGAAGCACUGAUCUGGACUUUUUGUGUAAGUAAUCGUAAGACAAAUGUUGUCCUUCUGUUCUCAAGUAAACAGGAUUAUCUGUGAUCGGUACGAAACAAAAGGGGGGAAAAAAGGGGACACUGCAUAUUGUGACAGAUCUUGAUGAGGUACGUCUAGAAACACAUAACUGCCGUUAAUAACUUUCCCUUGUGAAUUUUUUGCCUAAUAGAUGGCAUUGUUAAGGCUAGACAUUUUUGACUGUAGGUUUUUGGGCAUGCGUGUUGCAUUUUUUGGAAGUGGAAGGAGUUAAGUACGUCAUGAAAAGUACUUCGGUUUGGGUUGUGAGAAAUAUUAAGGGAAAUAAGACUGCCCCUUUUAUUUAUUAUUUUCACCCCCCCCCCCCUUUACCCCUUUCUUGUACUUGUAUUUAUUUGUUAAGCAGUUGUUGUAAGGUAUAGUUUUGAGUGUGAUCACAAUGUAAUAGUAUUUUACACAAAUCUAUUGUUAAUGUAUUUACAGGAGUUACUUGUGAUUUUGUUUUAUUGGAGUUUCAUAUUUUAUUGUUAUUUUCAUAUUGUUAUUAAUUAUAGUUUUCUCAAGAAUCUUGAAUUUCUCAAUUUGAUAUAAUUAGAAAUUGUACAUAUUAUCCAUUGUAUCUACAAGCUUUAUUUUAUGUAGCAUGUAUUAUUGUA